CGGAAGCGGGUAAUGGGGGCUAGAAUGUAGCGGAGGGAGCCUCCGUUUCCAUGGUAGUGUGGCCCGGUGAGCUGUGAGGGCCUGGUACCGGAGUCAUUCCCGUUGUCGGGAUGACGGGCCUGAGCUCACCAUGACUGGAGAAAAGAAAAAGAAGAAGAGGCUGAAUCGCAGCAUACUGCUGGCUAAGAAAAUUGUUAUCAAAGAUGGAGGGACGCGACAAGGCGUUGGAGAGCCUAGUGUUUACCAUGCAGUGGUGGUUAUAUUUUUGGAGUUCUUCGCCUGGGGAUUGCUGACAACGCCCAUGUUAACGGUUCUGCACCAGACGUUCCCUCAGCACACCUUCUUAAUGAAUGGCCUAAUCCAUGGAGUGAAGGGACUUCUUUCCUUCUUGAGUGCCCCCCUGAUUGGAGCAUUGUCUGAUGUUUGGGGCAGAAAGUCUUUCCUUCUACUCACUGUUUUCUUCACAUGUGCCCCUAUACCUUUGCUGAAGAUAAGUCCAUGGUGGUAUUUUGCAGUGAUUUCUAUGUCGGGUGUCUUUGCUGUGACUUUUUCAGUGAUUUUCGCUUAUGUGGCAGAUAUUACCCAGGAGCAUGAGCGAAGUACAGCAUAUGGUUUGGUGUCAGCCACCUUUGCUGCCAGCCUUGUAACGAGUCCUGCAAUUGGUGCCUAUUUGUCUCGGGCAUACAGUGACACACUAGUAGUAGUACUAGCCUCUGGUGUGGCAUUGCUGGACAUUGGAUUUAUCCUUCUUGCUGUUCCCGAGUCACUGCCUGAAGAAAUGAGACCAGUGUCUUGGGGAGCACCUAUAUCUUGGGAGCAAGCUGACCCUUUUGCGUCCUUACGGAAAGUUGGCCAGGAUUCCACCGUUCUCCUCAUCUGUAUAACGGUUUUUCUGUCUUACCUCCCUGAAGCCGGACAGUACUCAAGCUUUUUUCUUUACCUACGACAGGUGAUUGGCUUCACAUCAGAAACCGUGGCUACAUUUAUUGGCGUUGUUGGAAUAUUGUCAAUCUUGGCUCAGACUGUGGUGCUGGGAGUUCUUAUGAGAUCAAUUGGCAAUAAGAACACUAUAUUACUUGGUCUUGGCUUCCAGAUAGUGCAGCUUGCUUGGUAUGGCUUUGGGUCUCAGCAAUGGAUGAUGUGGGCUGCUGGUGCAGUAGCUGCAAUGUCAAGUAUUACCUUCCCUGCUAUCAGUGCUGUCGUGUCUCGCAAUGCAGAUCCAGACCAGCAAGGUGUUGUACAAGGAAUGGUAACUGGAAUUCGUGGCUUAUGUAAUGGAUUGGGGCCCGCUUUAUAUGGGUUCGUCUUUUAUUUGUUCCAUGUUGAGUUGAAUGAAAUGAAUGAGGUGGAGCCUUCUGACAAAGUCCUGAAACCCAAUAUGGCCAACCCUUCUGAUGAGAGAAGUAUAAUCCCUGGUCCACCCUUCCUGUUUGGAGCUUGUUCUGUAUUGUUGUCCUUGCUUGUAGCACUCUUCAUCCCAGAGCACACCAGCCUUACACUGCGCUCUGGUGCUCAUAAGAAGCACAGCAAUGGUGCUCAGAGCCAUGCACUUCUACCUCCUUCCCACCUCCCUGAGGGCAAGGAACCACUCCUUGAUGAUAGCAGAGUAUGACCCAAGGACUUUUACAUGGGUGUCCAAGCAAGAAGACCGGAUUGCUCCAAGAUAGUUGAGUGAACUUAACUAGAACAGCAGAAGAAGCAAGGACCAAAUGACAGAGGAAACCUUUGACAGUUUCUUUUACUAGACAAAGCAAAUGCUGUUACAAAAGUGCCAUGGCAGGGAUUGAGGUGGUGGGUCUGCUUGUAAGAACAGGAAAGGUAUAAAUGAAUAGUUCAUCAGUUAUAUGCUGCAGGAAAUUGGAUAUGCCAUGUAAAAUGUUAUAAUAGGAAGACUGGCUGAGUGAGAUGUUAUGAAAUCAGAAAAUCUCUUGCCAAAUCCAAGAAGAGGACUUCAGUAGGAGCUGCCCAAAGUUCUGCCUUUACACCGAAUUACAGGAGAAGAGCCAAUUGCAUUGUGGCAAAAAUUAUACCUUUUUGUUAUUGUUUUUAAUUCUCACUGAAUUGAGUUGACUGAAAUAAUGGGUACACAAUGUCCAUUUUUGUAUAUUAUGUUGUCUUCAAAUAUUAAGCCCUGCUUUCGUUAUUUCCCAAUGCCACAGUGCAACCCCUGAGGGGGCUGAGUCGGAGGAAGAGCUCUCACGCUGGACUGGCGGAUCAGCCUAUCUUUAUUCAAAAUUAAAAAGAUUUUUUUUUUUCUUUCCCAAACAAAACUCUUCUUCUUGUUCUUAAAAUAUUAAGGGAGGGAGAAGAAAAGUAAUGACUGUGCACAAAUAGUAGUUAGCAGGGCAAAUACGGAGUUCCUUCUAUAUUUUGUAAAGCAAUGUGAUAACUAAAUUGCAGCUGGUGUCUUUAGCUUGUAAUCUAGUGCUGCUUAGGCAACUUAGGAAAAAAUAAUAAAAAAAUUGGCGCCAUAUUAGUUACCUUUGUCUGGUUUGGACACCCCCUUUUGUUAAGAACCACCUGUUUUUGGCAGUGAAAGAAACCAGCGAGUCCUCAUGUGCACUCAUUGUGGCAGCUGUCUAGUUGGAGUUGAGGGCCACUACUGAGACGCCUGGUGAACAGCUGAUUUUGUCAUGGCUAGGAUAGGGCCACUACAGGAAAAACAAUAUUACUUGUGGACAUUUUAAAUGACUGUCCUAGUCCAGGUUUGCUAGGGUUUAGAUCUGCUUGGUAGUAGCAUCUACUUUGGGUCAUACAGUAGAGGGGGUUCAAGUUCUGUAGUAGGACAUUUGAUAAUUCUUAUUUAAAGAGUAUCUGUCAGAUGUGUACCUAUGAAACUGGCUGAUCUGUUUUAUGUGCGCUUGGCAGAUGAAGGUAUCUGUGUUGGUCCCAUGUUCAUACAUGUCCGCAUUGCUGAGAGAUUAUAUUUAAAUAUAUGCAAAUGAGCCUCUAGAAGCAAUGUUACACCUACAAGAUCAGCUCUCACUGCAACUACCACGCCUUCUGCACUUUGACAGGGCCAGGUUGUGAAAACGUCAUCACAUCUAGCCCUGUCAAUGAAAGUGCAGAGGGCUCAGCAGUUGCAGAGAUAGCAGAGCCUCUAGGUGUAACGGCGAUGCC